CAGAUAUUAUAUUAUCCGAUACAAUUUGGAGGGGGCGGGAACUGCAGCCCAUGGCCCUUCAUUUCCAGCAAUAAGAGCCCAUGGAUUUGGAUCAAAGCCCAAACCCACGCCGGUCUCCUCAAUCCUGAAUCCCUAGUUUUGCUUUCCCGCCGUUGCCUCCAGCUCCAAAGCGCCCUCCGAGCCCUCCCCGCCUGCCGACUGCUUACUGCUGCCGUGACAUCCGUCGCCUCUUCUCUUGUCUCCCGUCGCCACGCACCGCCGGAAUCUUUCUCUGAUCCACCCUCUUUGAUAGUAUCAAUACCCUGAUUGACAAGCCGGACUAUAGUCGAGAACUCUCGGUACCUGUCAUAUUCCUUACUCACUGCGGGAGGUUUUUUCUCACCAACGCUUUUGCUUACUUUAACUCUUCCAUCGGUUUUGGCCGAACUUUCUCCCGUUCUGCCUUUGUGUUUUGCUGAUAGUUGAGCUUAAGUUGGUGAUGGGCAUUCUACAGUUAGCCUUAUUAGACCUGCGUUUGUGUGAAGCAUCUUCUGUGAGCAAUGUUGUAGCUUGAAUUUCUAACCCAUCUCAUUGCUGUUGAAUAACAGUGGUUUAUUCUUUUCCUUUGCCACUUUACCUGUUUUCUCCAAUUGGCUAUUCAUUGUACAAUCCUCCAUGUUUUAUGCUAGAUUACAGUAUGAAAAAUAAGUUGAAAUGGUUAAAGAGAAUGUGGGAUUAUAUACCUUGCUGUGUAUGAUGCUAAUUGCUACAUAAUUUCAUUUGUUGGGAAGUACAGAACCCACAUGGUCUUAAACUGCUCAAUACAGGCUGAUUUUUACACAUUUCGAAGUUUACUACACUACGCAAUCCACAUCUUAUGAUUAAAGAAGAUGACUGCUGAUGCUUGUUUUUAUAAUGUAAUAAACAGAUAGAUAAGGAAUAAAAUUGACAAUGGGGUUGCUGGACUCAUCCGGGGACUUGUCAGCGGAGAUGGAAGUGGAUGCAUUCAGGCGUCUCUUCCCACUACGCUACUAUGAGCGCCAUCUUGCCGAAUCUAUACGACCUGAUGGUAGGCCUCUUGGAAGGGCUAGAGAUACUACAGUGGCCUUGGGGGCUGUUUCUUCUGCUGAUGGAUCCGCUCUCGCAAAGAUUGGCUCUACUACAAUGCUUGCUGCCAUAAAAAUGGAAGUCAUGACUCCUUCCGCAGAAUCACCUGAUGAGGGGUGUAUAGCUAUUGAGUUCCACAUGCCACCAAUUUGCUCUCCCAUUGUUAGGCCUGGCAGGCCUGCUGAAGCAGCAGUAGUUGUAUCAAAGCAACUGUCUGACACCAUUUUGAGUUCUGGGAUGAUUGAUCUGAAGGAACUUGCUUUGGUCAGUGGAAAAGCUGCUUGGAUGGCUUACUUGGACAUAUAUUGUUUAGAUGCCGAUGGUGCACUUUUUGAUGCAGCAUUGCUUUCAGCCGUGGCUGCAUUCUCCCACUUGCAAAUCCCAGUAGUUUCCGUGAAUGACAAAGGAAAAAUAGUAGCCUUCACAGAGGAAGGUGAUGGGAGGAAGUUGGAGAAAGAAGCAGUUAACAAAGAGAAGAUAAAACUAACCCUCGGCAGCAUCCCUUUCUCACUUACAUGUGCACUACAUAAGAAGUACAUCUUGGCAGACCCCACGUCAGAAGAAGAAUCCAUCAUGGAAACUCUCGUGACAGUGGUCAUGGACUCGUCCGACAGACUUGUCUCGUUCUACAAACCUGGUGGACCCGCUCUUGCCUAUACCUCUCUUGUUACAGAUUGCGUAGCGUUGACGAGACACAGAAUGAAAGAACUCGAGAAGAUCCUCGACGAAGCCUUUUCAGGGAUGGAGGUUGACUAGGUGUGCCUACCCAUUUGAGUUUUUACGUUGAGGAUGGAUUGAUGAAUACUAGUGCAUUCCACCCGGUUGGCUGUUCUUUUGAUGUUCUCAGCGGAGCAAGGACUGCUGAAUUUGCAGAACCACCAGAAUUGUUGUCCCCUGUUCGAGUACGUUGCAGUCCUAACUUCACAAUGUUUGAUUAGGUAGGGAAGGAUGUGCUUCAAGUUACACUAUGUAAUUUGCACAUUUCUCUCUUUCGUCAGUGUUAUCAAGAAUAUGGUAAUCUCACUGACGAAAGUGAGAGACCCACAUAUUACUUUCCGAUGAUGAUUGACGAUUACUUUCCUGUCAGUAGUAGUUAUAGUGGUUGAUGGCCGAGGAUUUUCUUGGAGGUAACGAUACUAGGCCGGAGAUUGUGUUUUGGUGGUGGUGAGGUUGGGUCGGGUAGGGUUAGGGUAUGGGGGUGUGUAGAAAAGAAAUUAGGUUUUUUUUAAUGAAUGUAAUAAUGAGGU